AUGGCAUGCUUAGACAUGUACAACUCCGAGCAAAAGGGUCGUCAUCACCACUACCAUCAUCACUGCGCUCCAAUGAGCCCCAGAAUCUCUUUCUCAAAUGAUUUUGUGGAUGUGCAACAAGCCAUGAAGCAAGAGCAAAGAGGCUCCAGAUCAGACGCGCCAGUGUCCUCAGACUUUGAAUUCUCAGUCACAAACUACUCUAUGAUGAGUGCUGAUGAGCUUUUCUUCAAGGGUAGGUUGUUGCCGUACAAGGACAAUUGCAACAACCAGGUUCAGAGGGCCACCACCACUCUCAAGCAAGAACUCCUUAUAAACGAUGAUGAAUAUUAUGAGGAUUUUUCUCUAAGGCCACCGAAAGGGUCCUCAACAAGGUGGAAGGGUCUUCUUGGUCUCAGAAAGAGCCACAUUGGUUCUAAGAAGGUUGAGAAGAGUGAAGGUUCUUCUGAUAGGGGUGUUGAACCAAGAAGGUCUGCAUUGGUCAAUGAGGGAGCUCCAAUUAAUGUUACUUCUUCUCAGGAGCUGUUGAAUGAAGGAGGGUCAAGUUGCAGAGAUUUGGAGAUUGGCACAUAAGUCAUGGCAGUGAAGUGUUGAGUUUGUAGAGGAGUGG